AGCAGACGUUUUUGAAUCAGCUGAGAGAAAUCACUGGGAUUAAUGACACCCAGAUACUACAGCAAGCCUUGAAGGACAGUAAUGGAAACUUGGAAUUAGCAGUGGCUUUCCUGACUGCAAAGAAUGCCAAGCCCCCUCAGCAGGAAGAGACAGCUUACUACCAAACCGCGCUUCCCAGCAACGACCGGUACAUCAGUGUGGGGAGCCAGGCAGAUGCAAAUGUGAUUGAUCUCACUGGAGAUGAUAAAGAUGAUCUUCAGAGAGCAAUUGCCUUGAGUUUGGCGGAAUCAAACAGGGCAUUCAGGGAGACUGGAAUAACUGAUGAGGAGCAAGCCAUUAGCAGAGUUCUUGAAGCCAGCAUAGCAGAAAACAAAGCAUGUUUAAAGAGGACACCUACAGAAGUGUGGAGGGAUUCUCGAAACCCUUAUGAUAGAAAAAGGCAGGACAGAGCUCCUGUUGGACUAAAGAAUGUUGGCAACACUUGCUGGUUUAGUGCUGUUAUUCAGUCAUUAUUUAAUCUUUUGGAAUUUAGAAGAUUAGUUCUGAAUUACAAGCCUCCGUCAAAUGCUCAAGAUUUACCUCGAAAUCAAAAGGAGCAUCGGAAUUUGCCUUUUAUGUGUGAACUGAGAUAUCUAUUUGCACUUCUUGUUGGUACUAAAAGGAAAUAUGUUGAUCCCUCAAGAGCAGUUGAAAUUCUUAAGGAUGCUUUCAAAUCAAGUGACUCCCAGCAGCAAGAUGUGAGUGAGUUUACACACAAAUUACUAGAUUGGUUAGAAGAUGCCUUCCAAAUGAAAGCUGAAGAGGAGACGGAUGAAGAGAAGCCAAAGAACCCCAUGGUAGAGUUGUUCUAUGGAAGAUUCUUAGCUGUGGGAGUACUUGAAGGUAAAAAAUUUGAAAAUACUGAAAUGUUUGGUCAGUACCCACUUCAGGUCAAUGGAUUCAAAGAUCUACAUGAGUGCCUAGAAGCUGCUAUGAUUGAAGGAGAAAUUGAAUCUUUACAUUCAGAGAAUUCAGGAAAAUCAGGCCAAGAGCAUUGGUUUACCGAACUACCACCUGUGUUAACAUUUGAAUUGUCAAGAUUUGAAUUUAAUCAGGCAUUGGGAAGACCAGAAAAAAUUCACAACAAAUUAGAAUUUCCUCAAGUUUUAUAUCUGGACAGAUACAUGCACAGAAAUAGAGAAAUAACAAGAAUUAAGAGGGAAGAGAUCAAGAGACUGAAGGAUUACCUUACAGUAUUACAACAAAGACUAGAAAGAUAUUUAAGCUAUGGUUCGGGUCCCAAGCGCUUUCCGUUGGUAGAUGUUCUACAGUAUGCAUUGGAAUUUGCCUCAAGUAAACCUGUUUGCACUUCUCCUGUUGAUGAUAUUGAUGCUAGUUCCCCACCUAGUGGUUCCGUACCAUCACAGGCAUUACCAAGCACAAUGGAACAACAGGGAGCUGCCUCUUCGGAAUUGCCAAGCACAUCACCUACAUCAAUAGCUGCCAUAUCAUCAAGAUCGAUGAUUCACAAACCAUUCACUCAGUCUCGAAUACCUCCAGACUUGCCCAUGCAUCCAGCACCAAGGCACAUAACAGAAGAAGAACUUUCUGUGCUGGAAAGCUGUUUACAUCGCUGGAGGACAGAAAUAGAAAAUGACACCAGAGAUUUGCAGGAAAGCAUAUCCAGAAUCCAUCGAACUAUUGAACUAAUGUACUCGGACAAAUCUAUGAUCCAAGUUCCUUAUCGCUUACAUGCUGUUUUAGUUCAUGAAGGCCAAGCUAAUGCCGGGCACUACUGGGCAUACAUUUUUGAUCAUCAUGAAAACAGAUGGAUGAAAUACAAUGAUAUUGCUGUGACAAGAUCAUCAUGGGAAGAGCUAGUGAGGGACUCUUUUGGUGGUUAUAGAAAUGCCAGUGCAUACUGUUUAAUGUACAUAAAUGAUAAGGCACAAUGCUUAAUACAAGAGGAGUUUAAUAAAGAAACUGGGCAGGCCCUUGUUGGAAUAGAAACAUUACCACCGGAUUUGAGAGAUUUUGUUGAGGAAGAUAACCAGCGAUUUGAAAAAGAACUAGAAGAAUGGGAUGCACAACUUGCCCAGAAAGCUCUGCAGGAAAAACUUGUAGCAUCUCAGAAAUUAAGGGAGUCAGAGUCUUCUGGAACAACAGCACAAGCAGGAGAACCAGAAUAUCUAGAGCAGCCAUCAAGAAGUGAUUUCUCAAAGCACUUGAAAGAAGAAACUAUUCGAACAAUUACCAAGGCAUCAAGCGAUCACGAAGAUAAAAGUCCUGAAACAGUUUUGCAGACGAAACCUGAAAGUACUACAAGCCAACCACCUUGUAACCAGCAAGUUGUAGAGGUGGCGAUUCCUCACGUAGGGAAAUUUGUGAUUGAGUCAAAGGAGGGGGGUUAUGAUGACGAGAUCAUGAUGACACCGAACAUGCAAGGUAUUAUCAUGGCGAUAGGUAAAUCCAGGAGUAUAUAUGACAGGUGUGGCCCUGAAGCAGGGUUCUUUAAGGCAAUUAAGUUGGAAUAUUCAAGGUUGGUUAGAUUGGCCCAAGAAGAUACCCCACCAGAAACAGAUUAUCGUCUACAUCACAUAGUGGUCUACUUUAUCCAGAACCAGGCGCCCAGGAAAAUCAUUGAGAAAACAUUGCUGGAACAAUUUGGAGAUAGAAACCUGAGUUUUGAUGAAAGGUGUCACAACAUAAUGAAAGUGGCCCAAGCCAAACUUGAAAUGAUAAGACCUGAAGAAGUAAACUUGGAGGAAUAUGAGGAAUGGCAUCAGGAUUAUAGAAAAUUCAGGGAAACAACCAUGUAUCUCAUAAUUGGACUAGAAAAUUUUCAAAGAGAAAGUUAUAUAGAUUCCUUGCUGUUCCUUAUCUGUGCCUAUCAGAAUAACAAAGAACUCUUGUCCAAAGGCCCAUACAGAGGACAUGAUGAAGAGUUGAUAUCACAUUAUAGAAGAGAAUGUUUACUUAUUUCUUCAUCACUCUGCCACUCCCUUCUUGGUGGGAAAGGAGAGGCUGCAUGGAAUAAAUUAAAUGAGCAAGCUGCAGAACUGUUUGAAUCUGGAGAGGAUCGAGAAGUAAACAAUGGUCUGAUUAUUAUGAAUGAGUUUAUUGUCCCAUUUUUGCCCUUAUUAUUGGUGGAUGAAAUGGAAGAGAAAGAUAUACUUGCUGUGGAAGAUAUGAGAAAUCGAUGGUGCUCUUAUCUUGGACAAGAAAUGGAAUCAAACCUCCAAGAGAAGCUGACAGAUUUUCUGCCAAAACUUCUCGAUUGUUCUACGGAGAUUAAAGGUUUCCAGGAGCCACCGAAGUUACCUUCAUAUUCCACACUUGAACUGUGCGAGAGAUUUGCCCGAAUCAUGUUGUCCCUCAGUCGAACUCCUGCUGAUGGAAGAUAAACAGCGCACACUUUCCCUAAACACACUGUGUAAACUUUUUUUUCAGUUCUUAACCCUUGCCUUCUUGUCACAAGGUUUGCUUGUUGCUGCUAUAGUUUUUAACAUUUUUUUUAUUUUAAUGACUUCAAAAUACAAAAUGACUAUACAGACUUUAGCUGGACUGCAAACAAUAAAGCUGGGAAUCGCAUGGCUCUCAGACUUUGUCUUAGCCAGAUCUCAUGUAUAAUUACAAAUCUGAUUGAUCGUAUCAUUGAAAAACCAUGUUUUUGCCACCUUUCUCUUACAGUAUUACUGCUUUUAUCUUUACCUACAUUGUUCCAUUGAGUCUGGAUCCUUCCAUGGCUACAGCCGUUUAAGUGUUCAGCACUGUGUACGAUACAUAACAUUUGGUAGCUUGUAAAUGGAAUUAAAGAAUAAAGUUUUAUUUAUGGCUA